AUGCUUGGACUUGUUCACUCCAAGCGCCUUGUGCGCAUUCCCCUGUGCUUUCGCGCCGCCAGUACAGUAGGCGCAACUUUGGAUGAGGCAGUCAAUCGUUUGCCACACAAAGAAGCACUUCGUAGUAUCAAGCAGGAUGUCCGAUGGAGUUUCAAGGAGCUAAAUACGGUUGUAAGCGAGCUGGCCAACGGCUUUUUGGAUCUGCAGUUUCGAUGUGGUGAUGUGGUAGCUCUGUGGCUACCAAACAAUGUUGAAAAUGUUGUAACACAGCUGGCAGCGGCGCGCGCGGGGCUUACGCUGGCCUUGAUUGAGCCUCAGGUAUCGGAAGCCGAGGAGCUCGCUUACAUUUUACAAGACAGUGAAGCCAGCGGCCUCAUUUUCGAACCCAAGCAUGCAGGUCGAAACCAAACAAAGAUUGUACAAGAUCUAUUUCCGGAGCUAGCUACCUUCCGUCAGCGCAAGGAGGUCUUUCGCCCAAAAAACUUCCGCCAUUUACACACUGUCAUCACCACGGGUUGGGACCCAGUGGAAGGCAUGCUCAAUCUCAAUGGAAUGAUGGUUAACAGCCCCGAACCUCACAUCCUGAAAGCCGUAAGCAAGAUGCUUAAUGAAAAAACGCCACUGGUUUUUACCUACUCACAAACUAAGGGUCAGAAUCCGAAGAAGAGUGCGUUACUUACCCACGGUGACCUGCUACAGCGCGCUGAGAUGCUGGCCACGAGUCUGAAACUUACUGCAACGGACAAAGUUCUUCUGACUGGAGAAGAGCCGGGAUUGUCUUCCGGUCCACUAGCCGCUAUCAGCCAAAGCGCGCAGAUUGUUCUGCCGUCCACUGAAUUUGACCAAGAGGCCAUACAGCAAGCUAUGAAGGUAGAGCAAUGCAGUAUUCUAGGCAGCGGACUUGAAAAUUUUAAGCGCGUGUGA